AUGCUGACUGCGCCCGUCUUCACUGAUGCUAUUAGUCUAGAAGAUGAGCUGUACGGUAGGUCUAAAGCAGAGCGAGACACGAUCAGUUCUUCUAACUCGAUCAAGCAAGUCGAGUAUUCCGUUGACAAGCCGCUGAACCGGGAGCCCUCCGUCAAGAAACUCGUCGCGAGCUUCCUAACACCCGCGGAUAUUUCCUUUGAUCGGAACCACGGGCCCAUCCCCCAUCUCUCGGCAGACUCCCAUAGAGUCCAAGUCGACGGCCUAGUCUCAAAUCCUCUCGCCCUAUCUGUCCAUCAGCUCGCAAGAGAAUUCCCCCAGCAUGAAGUCGUAUGUGCCCUGGCAUGCGCCGGGAACCGCCGGCACACGAUGCGCACCAUGCUGAAGGAAGUGGAGGGCAUCGACUGGGGCGACGCGGCGGUCAUGAACUGUAAAUGGAAGGGGCCUAGGCUAAGAGACGUAUUGCUUCGCGCUGGGGUGAGGGAAGACGCGCGCAAGGACGGGCUGUAUGUGGAGUUUUCAUGCUACCAGGUGAAAUGUCAGGAUGAUGAUUGGUUUGGGGCGAGUGUGUCGCUGGAGAGGUGUUUGGGGGAGGACGGGGAUGCGAUUCUUGCUUUGGAGAUGAAUGACGCUCCUCUCCCCGCGAACCACGGGUAUCCUGUGCGUGUUAUCCUGCCUGGCAUUGUCGGCGCCAGGUGGGUCAAAUGGCUAGACCGCAUCACCGUCUCGGACCAUGAGUCGCCCAACUUCUACCAGCAGCUCGACUACAAGGUCCUACCGCCAACUGUGGUCGAUCAGGAGUCGGCGCAGCCGUUUUGGGAGCAGAUUCCCCCCAUGUCCGAUAUGCCUAUCAACUCCGUUGUGGCGGUCCCAGAAGAUAACGAGACGGUUGUCUUGUCCAGUUCAGGGGUUAUGGAGAUAAAAGGGUAUGCUGUUCCGAAUGGUGCGGGUGGACCGGUUACUCGCGUGCAGGUUUCAAUGGAUGGAGGAAAGACCUGGAUAGAUGCCAGAAUUGAGGAAUCUGGGCAGGGAAACAGGCGAUGGUGCUGGGUGUUGUGGACGGCAGCUGUCUGUCCUGAAAGAGGAACGGGGAGGGAGGUUCUGAGCCGAGCUUUUGAUGCUGGCGGGCAUGUACAAGUCGAGCAUUCGCAGUGGAACCUGAGAGGUGUUGGGUAUGAUGGGUAUGGGCGAGCGAGGAAUCUAACAAUCAUUUAG